AUGGCCACCAGAACAGAGACCACGUACCAAGUCACGCGAGUCACUCGCACCAUCGAAAAACCCUUCGAUCACGUCCUGGAACGCCUCCACUCCAGCAUCAAACAGCCCAGCAGCGCCGGGCUCGGCAUCCUCGACCACUUACAAUCGAAGGAAGCCUUUGAGAAAGCAACGAAUGCGGCUCUAGGACCCCACGGAUUCAUGCAAUUCCAGCAAUUCGACCAUGGUCCGUGGAUGGCCUUGUACGGCGUGAACGGAGGUCGAAAAGUGACCCGCAUCAUUUUUGGGAAUCCUCAGAUUGCCGUCACGAUGUUGCGGCACGAUGUUAGCGCGGGUCUGUUCGUGCCGGUUGAAGUCCUAAUUGUUGAGCGAGAGGAUGGGAAAGGGACGGAUGUGGUGCAAUUGACGCCGAGUACACUGAUUGCAGGCACAGAGAGCGCGAGCCGAGAGUUGAGAGAUGCAGCCGAAGUUUUGGAUGACAAGUUGGAGAAGUUGUGGGAGUUUGUUGCAGAGUGA